AAGAUUCUUGAUUAAUCAGGUCGUCUCUUCAUCCUCAUUAUCUUCUCCCGACACCACUGCUGAUCAUAAUUAUUUCUUUUUUAUGGGAUUGCUCUCUUUUUUCCCCUAUAAAAAUAUCUCCACUCCAAACUUGGUGGACUACCCACAGAAAAGAAACCCCUCUCCUUCUCUUCUCUCCCUCUCUCUCUCUCUGAAAGCACAAAGAAUGGUGGAAUCAGACAAACUCAUGGCCAAUGUGAACCAGGUGGUCUGUUAUCAUAUGCUGGUGCCGGCUCUUGUUUUCUUCUGCCACUAUUGAUCAGUGUCGAGGCCUCAAGAGCAAAAAAAGAAAAAAAAAGAAUUAGCCAAUUCUUUUAUGCAAUCAUAAGGAGACCAAAUGCUUGUCGUGGGACAAGAUCAUGUUGGCCAUGUCUUAUAGACAAGGCAGCCUAGAUUGCAUGGAAAUUCAGCCUCCGGUCAGCAAGACCAUAGAAAUACAUAUAUAAGACAACUUUAAAACUGCUCCCCAGAGAAUUAAAUGCAAAAUGUUAAUAUAAAGUAUAAUUCGGUUGUCAAGUAAACGUUUCGGGUAAUUUUUAUAUACAUUAUUACUUAUUUUGUCACAUAUAUAUUUGUAUAUACCAUUACAAGCAGGUGAAAGUAUUUGUUAUUUGAAUUAAAUUUCCUGUAGCAGUAUUUACUUUUGAUUGGUAUUUGAAAAGAAUUAUGAUAUGUGGCAAUGGAAUGAACCAAUAUACGCAAAUCACAAUUUUGCUUCCUACCCACAUGCAAAGGAAGCAACCACCAUUAACUUUUUAUGAUUUCCUUUGUCCCUUAUUUUCUUCUUUAUCUACACAUCAGAGCAUGAUUGGCAUUUAAAAGAGUCCCAUAAUUACCUUUUAUAUUUAUAUUUAUGGUCAUUACCUUUUACCCAAAAUCAUUUCUCAGCCACUUAUACAUGGCACUUCAAUAUUAUUGCGACUGUCGCCCAUAGUCUGCCAUGUUCUUAACUACAUCUACACAAUAAAAUUUAUUAGGGAUUGUACAAAUAAAACUCAUCUUCACCUUUAUGCAUUUAUUUUUUAUUUCAAUAAUAAUAAAAAAAAAAAGUGUUUUCAUUGGGUUGGUUGUGAUGGGGUUGGGCGGAAGUUUGCCAUGUGAUGCUUUUGAGCCUAUGUUCUUUUGUCCUUUUAUUAUUUUAUUUUGAAGAGACUUAAUGCUCUUUUCCCUUAUGUUAAAUAACUCCUAUCCUUAAGCAAGAUCAAAUCAUAAUGAGCCACCCAUUUUGACUCUUGCUAAUUGGUACCAUUAGGGUCAUAGAUUUGGAUGCUCUUUGUUUCCUAUGAGUUUAUUGUAAGAAAUGGUAAUAAAAGUCUAACAAGAAAAUUUUAGGAAAAGAAAAAGAAGACAUGUUUAGGUCUUUGAACAAAAAGACAUGCAAUCAACUUUUUCUCCAAAGUCCAAAAUUUGAGAGAUGAAACGCCAUAACUUUUUCAUCCAAGACGAAGGAAGCACAAACAAAACAGAAAGAGAAAAAUCAUGUGUUGUUUCAACAUUUUCCUUCUUUGUCUUUUGUCUCUCCCAAAAAUACCCACUAAGCAUACAUACCAUAUUAUAUCAUAUAUAUUAAUUCUUUUUUCUUCUUUUCAGCCCUUGUCUAGCUAUUAUCUCUCUUAUUUAUUUUCUUUCUUGGAGUCUCCUUUCUAAAAUCUUUUCUUUCCUCUAAAUUUUGCAUUCAGCCUCCUCUAAGCAUGGACAUAGACCCACCUUUCCAUGAGAUCUACAAGACCCUUCUGAACAGCAAAACAAUACAAGAAUCAGAAACAAAAUCAUCAAUUGUUGAGGAAUGUGAACUUCCUUUGAUUGAUCUUGGCCGUUUAAGCAUGGAUGAUGAAUUGGAGAAAGACAAGUGCAAGCAAGAAAUAGCUAGGGCUUCUCAAGACUGGGGAUUCUUUCAAGUUGUGAAUCAUGGGAUAUCACGUGAGAUUUUGGAAAAGAUGCGAAGUGAACAAGUUAAGCUUUUUAAACAGCCCUUUUACCAAAAGAGCAAAGAAGAUAAGUUCUUGAAGUUCUCUGCUGGCACUUACCGCUGGGGAACUCCCACUGCAACUUGCUUAAGUCAGUUGUCUUGGUCUGAAGCUUUUCACAUUCCUAUGACUGAUAUAUCUGCUUCCAAUGGUUUCACUACUUUCAGUUCAACAAUGGAACAGUUUGCUACAACAGUUGCCAAUCUAGCACAAAAAUUAGCAGGAAUUUUGGCAGAGAAACUGGACCGGAAAUCGACUUUUUUUGAGGAAAACUGUUUGCCAAGCACUUGUUAUCUUAGACUCAACCGAUACCCGCCAUGUCCAAUCCCUGUAGAGGUAUGCGGCCUCAUGCCACAUACUGAUAGUGACUUCCUUACAAUUCUCCACCAAGAUCAAGUCGGAGGAUUGCAAUUAGUUAAAGACAGGAAAUGGUUCGCAGUUAAACCUAAUCCCGAAGCUCUAAUAAUUAACAUCGGAGACUUGUUUCAGGCUUGGAGCAAUGAUGUUUAUAAGAGUGUUCAGCAUCGUGUUGUGACCAAUCCAGGAGUUGAAAGAUUUUCGACGGCGUAUUUCUUCUGCCCAUCAUAUGAUACAGAGAUUGAAAGUGGGUGCGAGCCUUCAGUUUACAAGAAAUUUAGCUUCCAAGAGUACAGAGAACAAGUGCAGAAGGAUGUCCAAAUAUUAGGUCACAAAGUUGGACUCCUAAGAUUUAUUGUAUAAUAAUUUCCAAUACUAAGUACGUGAGUUUUGCUAUAGAUUAAUCAGGUUUCAGACGAGACUAUUUUAAGAGUGAUGCCGGGUUAAAACCGUAGUAAUUAAAAAAAAAAAAAAAAAAAAA